ACUUAGCAAAUACCCACAAAUGACGCCAUAUAAACCCAUGUAGGACGCCAGCUUUAAAACCGGCUGCGCUGUUCCAGUUCAAACAAGUGUUACGUCAGAUAGAUACCUCUGCUAUUUUUGUCGGCCCAUCUCCGUGCCCUGCGAUAUAAAAAGACCUGCGACAAGUCCACAUAGUAGUUGAGUCCUACUCUGAGUUCCAGUCCCGAUCACUGCAGAUCAACGGACUAAAACUGAGCACCACCGAUCGCGAGGUCUCCCAGAAGCGGAUGGCCGGACUUAAGUCUGUCGGUACUUGUUAAGCAGCGAUUCGGCAACUCGGACUAAAGCGAGAAGAGAAGAAUCUGGUUGUAGUUCCAUCCACGAUCGGGAGUUUUCUCGUCCACCAUGGCCGGUCACCUGACCAGGCAGUCCUACAUGAGCUCCAGUGACGAGGAGCCGGACAUGCCGAAGUCGUCGCUGGUCAAAACGUACGACGGGAGUCACCUCGGGCUGGGGCGGCCCGACAUCUGGCUCUGCACCGGCCGCCAGCGCUUCCGAACCCACAAGGACCUGCUGGCCGCCGAGAGCGACUACUUCCGCGCCAUGUUCGAGUCAGGGAUGCGGGAGUGCAAGCAGGAGGAGGUGGAUCUGGAGGGGUUUUCGGGAAGAGUGUUCGAGCUCCUCUUGGACUUCCUCUACACGGGGAAACUGUCGGUGAAGAAGAUCAUGAUCGAGGCGCUACUGGCCCACGCCAGCUUCCUGCAGAUGCGCUCGGUCAUGGAGCACAUCAAGUACCGCCUGGACACGGAGAACUGCAUGGAGGUCCUGACCUACUCGGAAGUGUACGGGGUGAGCGACCUGGAGGACAGCGCCUAUCGUUUCCUGAAGGACCACUUUAAGAACGGGGAAGAAGUGAUGGGUAAGUUGAAGUACGAGCAACAGGAGAGGUUCAAGGGGCAGUUGAGGAGAUACCUGGUGGGCGUGGGAACGCACGCGGUCGACGUGACGUCGUUGUACGACGACCAAUACCGACUCAUUCACUACUUCGACGAGGACAAAGACACGUGGGAGAGGCUGACGGCUCUCCCCGCCGACUGCAGCACGAUAUCGAGCGGUAUCGCGGUUCUCAACAACAAACUGUACGUAACGGGCGGGCAGGCGGACUUCCAUAAGGUCAUCAGCCAGUUUCCCGCCAUGCAGGACAAGGCGUUCUGCUACGACCCCGCCGCCGACUCCUGGUCCGAGAUCACCCCCAUGCACCAGCAGAGAAAGUCCUUCUCUCUAGUAGCGCUAGACGGCAAGCUCUACGCGAUCGGCGGCAGGUUCGGGGACUACGCCCUGCAGACCGUGGAGGUGUACAGCCCGCGCACAGACACCUGGGACUUCGUCAGCCCGCUGCCCUACGCCUCGUCCGACCACGCCGCCACCACGUGCGCAGGACACAUCUACGUGUGCGUGUGGCACCCGCCCAACACCACGGACAUCUACAGGUACAGCCCGAGGACAGACAGGUGGGAGAUGAAAGCCACCCUGAGGAGGACGCACAGCUACGGACACUGCAUGGUGUCCUACAGGGAUGUGCUCUACGUCAUCAGAAACGGGCCUGACGCAGACUUCCUGCGCUGUGAGAUCGACUGCUUCAACGUCACGACCAACCAGUGGAGCUCUCUGAAGGGCCACUACAUCAACCGGAGAGGCUGCCUCUUCAAGAGCGCCAUCAUAGGCAACACGGUCUACACAGUCAACAAACUCAUGACUCUACCUUACACUAUAGACGACGAGCAGUGGGUCUGUCAACCUUCGAAAGCUGGGUUUCCCCGCAGUGGAACGACUAACUGUUUCACGUUGUGUCUACCGAAGAAACCUCGUAAGGAGGUACCGGAGUGACCACGGGGAGCGCUCGGGCCAGGGCUGGCCCUGAGCCCGACGGGAGGUCGGGUUGUCUUGCCUUAGCGUGGCAGAGGAUCACAAAUGACAUGUUUGACUUGCACCAAUGGUUUAUAAAAAGGGACACCGAAUAGCGUGUUGAUUUCACCCAAGUAAAAAAUAGGAACUUGAAAGAAUCUGUAAAUUAUUUAAUCUAAGAAGAAGAAACUAAAUCUAGACCAAAAUAGGGUCUCUACGCAAAAGCUUCAAUUGACCAACAUCAUGCAAUGCAGAUCGACCAAUGAGAGCGUGGCAAUCAGUGGUUCAACCAAUGAGAACGUGGCUGCAUGCCUGUCAAAUAUUUGCAAUUUUACGUUUUGACGAAGGUGGGCGGGGCUAUGGGAUCGUGAACGUGAGAGGUCAGAGCUCUCAGAGAGAUGGUAACGACUUUGGUUACUACGUGGGAAAGAAGAAAAAGAAGUAAGACUUGGUCAGAUAUGUUGGUGCACCAAAGUACAAAAGAUUGAGAUAUGAGACAUUUGAACAGUGGAUGAAUGGAUGGAACUGACCGUUAAUAACUGGCUUGGUAAUUGCAAUCAAGUUCAAAAGUGCAAUGCGGAGCGACAACGUAGCGUCCUCUGGCGACUUUCAAAAUAAAUGCUUCUAACUUAUGAACUGGUGGUCACGCCAGAUUUUGUUCUCCACGCCACCAACAGUAUGUAUAUAGAUCUGGAAUUUUACGGUACAAACUAUGUUGAAGAUGAUACCUUUAAUUGAUGAUCAUUAAUUAUUACGUGUGUACAUGUAUAUUUAUAUAUAUAUGGAAUACUACAAUUCAUGAUGUUUUAUGAUUAUAGGAAAAGUCUAUAAACGGAUUGAAAGUACAUUGCUGUGCAAUUUAUUUCACCCAUAAUGUUAUUGCUUCAAGUUCUUGUAAUAAUGUGAACUCAGAUGUUCAUUGAUGGUUAGUAGUUGUUAUUGUUGUUGUUAGGACUUGUUGUUGGCUGUUGAGCAUGUUGGAAAGCAUGUAAAAAGACAAAUGGUAUUGUAUUUUGUAUUUUCCAAUCAGUUUUGUUACAUAUAAAUUUUAACGGUAUUUUGCUUUUCAUGAUAUUGUCGUAAAACCGAGGACAUCAGGUUCUAUGUAGUACAGAUACGUCAUAUCCGGUUAGAACAUGCGUCACAUCCUGUACAGAGAUGCAUGUACAAAAUGUAUAUGACUCAGAGAAAUCUUAUUGAAAUGUAAAGGCAAGAAAAACUGUUUAAUGACA